AUGGCCAAUGAUGCCAAAAGCAAGAAUUUGGCAAGUCAAUACAAAGUACUUUUCCAUCUCGGUGAGGGUGCCUUUGGUACUGUCAGAUUGGCCUUGCACCUGACAACCAAGGUGAUGGUCGCCGUCAAAUCGAUAGAAAUCACCAAGAAGUCCGAGAGAACCAUCCUGGCAGAACGCACAGCAUUGGAGACCUUAAACCAUCCGAACAUCAUCCGCCUCUUCCAGGUCCUGAUAACACCAAGCCACGUUAAUUUUAUACUCGAAUACGCUCCGGGAGGGAACUUAUCUGAUUUAACAGAGGAGAAUGGCCCACUGCAGGAGGCAGAGGCCAAGAAAAUAUUUGGUCAAGUAGUGUCUGCAGUAAAGUAUUGCCACAACAAUGACUUUAUUCACAGAGACAUUAAACCACAGAAUGUCCUCAGGGACGCGGAGGGUAACGUCAAGUUGACAGACUUUGGGCUGGCCACCAAGAUCAGUCCUGGCAGCUUCCUGAAACGGAGGUGUGGGACCAAGGUCUUUUUUGCCCCAGAACUCGUACUAGGGGAGGCUUACGACGGCAGGAAAACCGAUGUGUGGAGUUUGGGCGUGCUGCUCUAUUUUAUAAGCACUUCGUACUACCCCUUUACAGGAAACAGCGUGAAGGAGAUAGAAGAAAAUAUCGCCACGGGGACCUAUCACAUUCCACCUUACUUCUCUGGUCACCUUGAAAAUCUAAUCCACCAGAUCCUUACUGUUGCCCCAGAGAUGAGGCCCUCCAUCGAAGAUAUUGAAGAACAUCCCUGGAUACUAAAGGCUGAAGUAAACAUCCCCACUGACUCCUAUCCAGACUGCGACAUCGUAGACAGGCUCCGUGGCAUGGGGUUUAAUGCCAACGAGAUUUUGGAGUCGCUGCACAAGAGAAAGUUUGAUGAAAAAAUGGGGACCUAUUUGCUUUUACAAGAACAGGUACGCCUAGGAAUCGAGACUAUACCUACCGGUUCAGCCAAGCCUGUCAAUCCGUGCCCUACACCACCCCCAUCGCCAGCACAUGCCUCUAGCCCUGGUCUUCCCCUCAAAAGAAGAGCCAGUGAACCCAACUCUGGCCUCCUCCACAUAAGGCCCUCAGGACAGCUGCGACCUGAUGCCCUGGCACUAUCAGGGCACAUAGUGGCCAGAAGUGUCUCCUUGCCGCCCAUGGCCCUCCAUUUUCCAAAAAAGAAGAGCCCUGCUUCUGCCUCUGCCCCUGCCCUCCACUCUGGAGCCGUGGCUGCCGCGUGUCUUUUCGACACCAUCACCGCGGAAGACAAAACACACUUGCCCCUGGAGCAAAGCUGGUCUGUGGAACCACUGCCUCCCCCUGUGAAGAGCGGGCGUUUCAAACGCUUUCGAAAAAGAAUCAGGGAUUGCCUGUGGAGACUUUGUUGCAUCCCCCGGGCUCAAAACACAAAAACCCAGUGUACAUCCUCCUAG